CUGGAGCCGGAGCGCUGAGGGAGCCGCCGCUGUCCGUCAGCACACAGACACUCCAUUCAGCCGCUCGGACAUCAGAGAAGAAAGAGGACGAAGAGAAAAGUGAAAGAUUCCCAUCUGUCGACGCCUUAAAUAUCGCGACUUUAGUUCGUUUUCCGGUACAACAGUACAACGUCGGCGCAGUUUAGCCUGUGAUUCAGUUUAUUUUCUUGUUACUUACCGGCUGUUUACUUGUUUUUUCCUUUAAUAGCUAGUUUGAAAAAGCGGAGCGACCACUUUACCGGAGAGUCAACAGCGUGGAGAUGUCCUUUCUAUAGCUUAUCCAUUUUUCACGGAUGGUGUCUGAGCUGAAGUCAAGCUGGUUGUGAAGGUGUUUGACCUGCUCCCCUCGCCCCCAGACGGAGUGACCAUGGCUGCGGGUGUAGCGGCCUGGCUUCCCUUCGCCCGGGCAGCGGCCAUCGGCUGGAUGCCCGUGGCCAACCUGCCCAUGCCUGUGGCGCCAACCGACAAGAACAAGUGCCAGGAUGAACUCAUCAUCCUUAAUGUCAGUGGCCGGCGCUUCCAGACCUGGAGGAACACCCUGGACCGCUAUCCUGACACCCUUCUGGGCAGCUCUGAGAAAGAGUUCUUCUUCAACGAAGAGACACGAGAGUACUUCUUUGACCGUGACCCGGAUGUGUUCCGGAGCAUCCUGAACUUCUACCGUACGGGCAAGCUGCACUUCCCACGCUAUGAGUGCAUCACGGCUUAUGACGAGGAGCUGGCCUUCUUUGGGAUCAUACCUGAGAUCAUCAGCGACUGCUGCUAUGAAGAGUACAAGGACCGUAAGCGGGAGAACGCUGAGCGCCUAAUGGAUGAUCUGGAGGACAGCAAGGACAGCAAGUUGCCCAACAUGACCUUCCGUGAGACCAUGUGGCGGGCCUUUGAGAACCCACACACCAGCACUAUGGCUCUUGUGUUCUACUACGUCACUGGCUUCUUCAUCGCAGUGUCAGUCAUCACCAACGUGGUGGAGACAGUCCCGUGUGGCUCCAUGCCCAACCAGCGGGACAUCCCAUGCGGUGAGCGCUACACAGUGGCCUUCUUCUGCAUGGACACGGCGUGCGUCAUGAUCUUCACUGUGGAGUACCUGCUACGCCUGUUUGCUGCGCCCAGCCGGUACCGCUUUAUGCGGAGCGUGAUGAGCAUCAUCGACGUGGUGGCCAUUCUGCCCUACUACAUUGGCCUUGUCAUGACCAACAACGAGGAUGUGAGCGGAGCCUUCGUCACACUACGUGUCUUCCGCGUCUUUCGCAUCUUCAAGUUCUCACGCCACUCGCAGGGCCUGCGCAUCCUGGGCUACACGCUGAAGAGCUGCGCCUCCGAGCUCGGCUUCCUCCUCUUCUCCCUCACCAUGGCCAUCAUCAUUUUCGCCACCGUCAUGUUCUACGCUGAGAAAGGCUCCACCUCCAGCAAGUUCACCAGCAUCCCAGCCUCUUUCUGGUACACCAUAGUCACCAUGACAACCCUGGGGUACGGAGACAUGGUCCCUAAGACAAUAGCAGGGAAGAUCUUUGGCUCUAUCUGCUCUCUGAGCGGCGUGCUGGUGAUCGCUCUGCCUGUUCCUGUCAUCGUCUCCAACUUCAGCCGCAUUUACCACCAGAACCAAAGAGCAGACAAGCGGCGUGCGCAGAAGGUGCAGAAAGCUCGACUGGCCAGAAUGCGAAUCUCUAAGACAGGCAGCUCCAACGCCUUCCUGCACAGCAAACGCAAUGGCAUGCUGAACCAAGCCCUGGAGCUAACGCAACUACCUUACAGGAUGAAACUCUCAGAUCAGGGCUCCACAGGUGAAGAGCGGCAUCUGAAUAAAACGACUUCACUAAUAGAGAGCCAACACCACCACCUACUGCACUGCCUGGAGAAAACCACGAACCAUGAGUUUGUGGAUGAGCAGCUGUUCGAGCAGAGUUAUCUGGAGAGUGGUCUGCAGAGUUUUCCCUCACGGAGCCCCUCUCUCUCCAGCCGAGAGGGCAUCACAGGGACCUGCUGCUCGCGAAGAGCAAAGAAGAGCAGUCAGCCCCCUAAUGCAGCACACACACACUCUCACACACACCCACACAAACACAACCUGCAGGAGCUCAGCGCAAUACAUAUCCAGUGCGGAGAGCAGCAGACCCUCAACACCAGUCGUUCCAGUCUCAACAUGAUGCCAGAUGAAUCGGCAGGUCUGAACUGUAAGAGCAGCAGUCAAGUUACCACGGCGAUCAUCAGCAUCCCCACCCCACCUACUAACAACUCCCCCAGCAGCCCCGAGGCCCCCUCCAACCCUCCCUCCAACUCCAGUGCUGGUGUGGUGAAGGUCUCGGCGCUGUGAUGGACAAGGCCAGAGAACCAAUCGAAAGGCAGAACAGAGAAAGGGGAGGAGCACUCAGGAUGAGAAAACUGUGGAGUAGCCUGCCCCCUAGUGGCAGAAAGACAGCACUGACUCUGACUCAGACUGAACAACCAACAACAAAGUGGGGUGAAUGAGAACGGUGGAAGAAAGCAUGUGUCUGUUUGUGUGAGAGAGAGAUUAUGAGAGCAGAAGAGCCAUAAGAAUCAAUCCAUCUCGAGGUUGAUUAGAUGAGGAUGUCAAGAGUUACUCUGCAUCAAGCACUUUUUCUUUUGUUUUGUUAUUGUCUUGUAUUGUGUCUUAUUCUCCUUUUUUAAACCAGUGCAGGUUGCUUGUUAGGCUGCUUUCACAAGGACAUUCUGGUAUCUGUGGAUUCUUCACGGGAGAAAGUAAAAAGAUAAGGUCCACAGUGAGCUGGCCUUGUAGAUCUUGGUUUUGUUCAGUGCUGGCAUUAGCAUCCAUCUCAAGUGAUCUGAUCACAAAUGGACAGUGGCUGUUUGCUCCUGGUGUUUCUUUGGGUCUUGAAUGCAUCUCCAUUCACCACUUAAGACCAGGUUUCAUGACAGGAGGAAGGGUGUCAUGCACAUUUAGUACGUCUGUCUCUCGCUGCAUUUAUCAGACAAAAAAUAUCUGAGAACCAUGAACCAUGAGAAAUUCUGCUAAACAGUCUGCUAAAAUCCUGUGAAAUGGUUCACCUCUGUAUGUACUGCCAAGUGUUCAGUGCCAUCCAAACAGACUUGGAAACAGUCUUCUCAACAUACUGUAAACUCCAGCCUUUCUACUUAACCUCUCUAACCAAUUCAACCAUUUGGACUAAUUGAGCUGAUUAGCGAUGUUAAUCUACAAACAGUAUUAGC